CCCAAACCCCGAAUCCCAUUUCUUCCCUCCCCUAUCAAAGCAACUCCCCAAGCGCCACGACUCUCACCCCACCCCUCUCGAACCCGCAGAUCGCCUCCGCGCGCCGCCGCCGCCGCCGCCAAUGGCCGCCGUGGACCCGGCGCCUAACGGGGCCGCCCUGAAGCGGAGCACCAGCAUCGACCGCAUCCCCGAGGAGGCGCGCCGGAUCCUGCACCGCCUCGCCGGGGAGCUCUGGGGCGGCGACGUCGACCCCGCCGCGCUCGUCGUGUCGCAGCUCAAGGGCGCCCUCACCAACGAGGUCUUCCGGAUCACCUGGCCCGGCGGCGAGGGCGACCCGCGCAAGGUGCUCGUCCGCAUCUACGGCCAGGGCGUCGAGGUCUUCUUCGACCGCGCCGACGAGGUCCGCACCUUCGAGUGCAUGUCCCGCCACGGCCAGGGCCCCCGCCUCCUCGGCCGCUUCCCCCAGGGCCGCGUCGAGGAGUUCAUCAACGCUAGGACGCUCUCGGCGGAGGAUCUGCGCGACGAGCAGAUAUCCUCGCUGAUUGCCAAGAAGCUGCGGGAGUUUCACGAGCUUGACAUGCCUGGACCCAAGAACGUGUCAUUGUGGCAGAGGCUGAGACGGUGGCUUGAGGAAGCUCGUGGCAGGUGCUCGGCAGAGGAGGCUAAGGAAUUCCGGUUGGAGACGCUUGGCAAUGAGAUUACAGAGCUGGAGGAUGCAUUGUCAGGGUUUGAUCAGAGAGUAGUGUUUUGCCAUAAUGAUUUACAGUAUGGAAACAUUAUGAUAUAUGAAGAGACUAGACAAGUGACCUUAAUUGACUACGAGUACGCCAGUUUUAACCCUGUAGCAUUUGACAUUGCUAAUCACUUUUGUGAGAUGUCUGCUGAUUAUCAUACAGCUACACCACAUGUUCUGGACUUCACAAAAUACCCUGAUAUGGAUGAACAGCGGCGAUUUGUUCAGACUUACCUUAGCUAUCCAGGUGAAAAAUCACCAGAAGUGGAAGUUGAAAAUUUACUUGAAUUGAUUGGGAAAUAUACUCUUGCAAGCCAUCUCUUUUGGGGUCUCUGGGGAGCAGUCUCGGAGCACGUGAACAAGAACAUUGACUUCGAGUACGAUGAGUACGCAAGGCAGCGAUUUGACCGGUACUGGCAGACAAAGGCCGGAAUACUCCGACGAGCAAAUUAGUGAUCAUUCCCGCAGCACAUUCUUUUUUCUAGGUUUAUGGCAUUUUGAGUAGCUCGUCUAGUGUUGUUUAUCAGCUGUAUGAUUCGUCUCGUAGUUGCCAGUUUCGUGUGCAAAUAUUUCAUUUUGUUGUGUGGCCACACUGGCACUCUCUUUGACUCUCGUUCUGUAAUUAAGCCUGCGCAGUUAGUCACUUUUUCACUUGGGAGUGGCCCUUUGCUAUAUCAUCAUCUGAUACUUA